GGAGGCGUCUAGAGUUUUAUCCUAACGUGUACCCUCAGAAAUGUGUUGUUAUGCCUACAAUUUUUCCCGAAUCAUUGAAGGGUCGGUGGGACGCUUUUCCAGGUUCUGACUACUCUAGAUUUAGUUGGGAUGACAGUAUAUUGGACCUGGUUAGGGGUGAUGCAGUCCAGUUCUUACCGAGUUGGCAGAACAAGGAGUUCAUUUAUUUUGCCCUCUUCUUGAAAGACCAAAUGCAUUGGGUAGCUGUAGAGGCAGACCUGAAUGGGUGGAUGCUCAACAUCUUUGACUCCAGUAUUGGAUCAAUUUCCGAAAACGAUUUGAUCAGCUUGAUGGUUGACUGGUGUACCAUUUUCCCGUCGGUCUUGCGACAGUCCGGUUUAUUUGAGAACCAUGACGUUAUACUCGCGCCUCAGUUGACAGCAUCAGAGAGUCAGGUCAGACCCUUCGAUUGGAAACUCACUCCACGUGAAUUCGUACCGCAAACAAAAUCCAGUGGCGAUUGCGGAUGUUACGUAAUUGAGCAUAUUGAACAUAAGCUUCUACAACUACCAUUUGAUAAUGUAACUGACAAUAAUAUGAAACUUUUUAGGCAAAGGUGGUGUGUAGACUUAUUCUACCAAAACUUAUGUUGAACGGUCUUAAUUUUUUUGAAUUGUAUAAUUUUUUUGAUUGCUCUUUUUGUAAUUACUACAUUUUAAUGUGCUUAAUCUUUGCAUCGUACUAUCGUCGAUCACUAUCGUACUCUAUCGUACCCUCACUUGCCUCACAAAUUUCACGAACAGUACUGAAACCAUACCAUCGUACCAUUAUCGGACCAAUAUCGUACAUUAUCGUACCCUAAUGUCGUACAUUAACUAUCGUACUACAUCGAGCAACGUCGUACCAUAUUGUAAGAUACAUUUAAAUAAUCCUACAACAAACAAUAUCGUGCAUUGUCGUACCGGCAUCGUGCACUAUCGAACCAACACUGGAUUAUUACAUAUUUAAGAGUUUCAUAAUGGAGAAAAAAACAGAAAAAAAACCUGCAAAAUCCAGCACAUAACAAAUAUUACUAGUUCAAGCAGAAAUAAAACAUAA